CUCCAUCCGUCCUCCACCCCUUUUCCCUCUCCCCAUUUUCUUCACACACAGAAAAACUCAGAGAAGACAACGUAGAGAGGAAACUGAGAUACUCUUUACUUAGUCUUCUCUUACAUCUUUUGAUUAUUCUUUUAUCCUGAGUGAACGAUUUUGAAAUCCAAUGCCCACUUUGUAGUGGACAAGGGUUUCAUCUGGAUCGUAAUUGGUAACUUGUGCAAUUUUGUAACUUUUCACUAAUUAGGGUUUGAUCGGAGAGCUAAGGAAGCUCUCCAUGUUGUGUAUAGUAUUCCAAUUCCUAUUUUUGGUGGGAUUGGAGUUUUGGAUUGGAAAGAUGAUGGGUUGAACUGUUAAGCUGUGAGCUUGCCUAUAGAACGAUGGUUGUUGGAACAUUCUUACUGUAGGCAUGGAAGAGGAUUGCGCAUAUAGAAUAUUAGACUUGUGUACACGGUGAUCAAGAGUUUGGAAGUGUUUGUUGUUUGGAGGAAAAGGGUCCUGGGUUUUCAGCUAUUUUUUUGUGUGAUUGAGAAUCAGGGAAUGAUUAAGGGGGAGGUAAUGAUUCUUUAUGUUCCUGGAAAGCAACGGAGAAAAUCAGAUUAUAGUGGACCAUUUUUGUUUCUUAGAAAACCAUUUGGCUUAACGUAGUUUCAGCAAAAGUUAUUCAUGAUGAGCAUUUCUUACGUUGUUUGUUGAUCUGGGUGUUUUUGAAAAGGUGUAGUGUAGUUUUAAAGUAGGCCUUAUUUAGUGAUUGCUGCAGCGGCCUUUCACGUUUGAAGUUGUUUUUCAGUGAAAUCUACUGAAAUCAAGUGUUCAUUUGCAAUAAUCUAGAUUGGCAUUGGUGGUUUUAGGAUUUCUUGACUGUUUAGAGCGUGGAAUUCGUGGAGAGAUAUUGAAGUUGGAAAUGCAUGCAGGGACAUGGUGCAUGGGCAGGAGCAUAGUUACUGGUCCGUUCCCUUUGCUGAACAAUGCAACUGUGAAGUAAUUCAAGCUUUUUGGUUUGUGGAAGGUGUCUGUGCUUUGUGGUCUGGGUGUCUGUGCAAUGUCGCGUUGCUUUCCGUUCCCGCGACCAGGGUAUGAAAAGAAGGCUAGCACUCAUGAUUUGGACAUAUUAAAAAAGGUUAAAAUUAAAUACUCUCUUUAUAUAUUCUCUUAACAUUUUCUAAUCAGCAUACUUUUCAUUAGGAUCAUGAAGUCACAUUCUUUAAAAAUUUGCAUUAAAUUGAAAUGCUAGGAUUUAGUUUUCCAUUUCUAUGGAGUAUUUAAUACCUUCUUCAAAAGUUGCUGCUUUCCUAUAACUGACCAAUUUUCUGGACUUUUUGUGGCUUUCUGUAACUUUUUGAUAUAGAAUAGAAUGAUAGUGGAUUGUUACUUGGUGAAUGAAAUGAAGGCAUUUGG